AUGUCGAGUAAAACAUACAACGACUUAAUCUGUGACACAUCGGAACUUAUAGGUGAAGCAACACAAAUAGAUGAAGCGGUUUUCGAAGCGGGUAUAGCGGAACGUACGGUUUUUCAACCGAUUCUCUCAGAAUUACGUAUAAGAUACACGGUGCUGGUUAGCAGGUUAGAUGCAAUUUACGAUCAACUACUGCAGCCACAAAAGCGCUUAAUUGUCAAACGCCUUUUGGAAGCUUGCCUCGGUAGACUACUUGAAAUCAAAUAUGAUUUGGUUGAAUUAUAUUUGUCUGACUAUACGUAUGAUGAUGAUGAGACUUUACAAAAAUUACAAGUUACACCACAAGAGGCCGAGCCGUGCAUUCCUCAAUAUUUUGUUAGAGAAAGAGAAGAAGAAAUAUUAAAACGGAGAAAGUUCAUAACAGAUAUUCUGACAAAAUUAGGCCAUGAAAUUACAAAACCUCCAUUAAUAGUACUAACUGAACAACAAGCAAUUAUUAUUAUCCAAAGCCAUGAGAGAGCCCGUCAAGGAAGGCUAAGAGGGCAGUUUAUGAAGGAAAUUCGUCUUCUCAAAGAAAAGGGUAGAGAUCAAAAGGGUGAAAUGUCAGCUACCGCAGCGACGGCAAUCCAGCGUGUGUGGAGAGGAUUCAUCACACGACGAAUGACAAAGAAACGUAAACGAGCGGAACAGUUGCUUAUUGGUAUGGAACUACCACCUUAUACCGAAUCACAAGCAAUAAAGAGAGCAGAGGAGGUUAAAGAAAAUCGCCGCGACCGUCAAAAAGAAUACGAGAAGGAGUAUCAAGAAGCACUAGUAACUGUAGAGGACCAAUUAAGAGCUCAACAUACAGAGAAAAUAAAAGAAAGAAUUGGGGAUGAGUUACGAAGGUGGAUAUCGGAAUAUUACGAAAGGACAAAUAGAUUACCGGAAUUUCCUUCAGAAGAAGGCGGUGGGAGUAGAGCUAUGUUUAGUAGACUAGGUACUGGUGUUGAAAGUCAGCUAAGCAAAUCUUCUCCUGUAUCAUCCAAGGAUUCUAAGAAGAGCAAAGAGAGUAAAGACAAAAAGAGCACGAAGGCAGAGGAUAACAAAACAAAAGACGAAAUGGAAGACUUACAAAAUUAUAAAUGUGUGAACUCUUCAUUUCUGCAAGAUGUUAUAAAUGCCAACGAAGAGUUUGAAGACAUGUGGAAGUUCAGAGACGAUUAUGAUGAUCAAAGAUAUCAAAGGGAUAUCAUUGAGAGAGAAAAAUUGGUUCUCUUAGAACAAGAAAUAAGAAAUAUGGUAGAUGAAAUGAUGAGGAACGAACUCGAUUUACUUCAAGCGGCUUUCGAUAAAGACAGAGCGCAUAAGGGGAAGAAGUCUAAGAAACCACAAAAGAAGGUACGACGAGGAGGUAAAAAAAGUAAAAAGAAAAAGGAAAAGGAUUUAACUCCUGACAGAACAACUGAGUCGCUCUUCGAAGAAUUGGUUACAAAUGGAAUAAUACGCCCAUAUCCAAUAGUAAAGAUAGACGAUUAUAUCGGUGAAAAGAAUUUUAUUGGAUCUGAAAUACGGAAACAAGGUCGUGAACCAAGUCCUUGUUUAGGUGACAUUCGACAACUCAUAAAAGAAUAUUGUAUUCUACCUUUAGGAUCUGAUCAUGUUAAAACUAACGCACCUUUAGUAAGAUCGGUUCUUUUAUCAGGUCCAUCUGGUAGUGGAAAAAAGAUGCUCUUACACGCAAUUUGCAGUGAAGUCGGAGCAAUGCUCUUUGAUCUUACACCGUCAAAUAUAGUUGGAAAAUAUCCCGGAAAGUCAGGCCUCAUCAUGUUGAUACAUUUAGUAAUGAAAGUGUCAAGAUUACUUCAGCCGAGUGUCAUUUGGAUGGAUGAUGCGGAAAAGCCUUUCGUAAAAAAAAUACCUAAAACUGAUAAAACUGAUCCGAAGAGAUUAAAAAAGGAUUUAGCGAAGAUUAUAAAAAGUAUUUGUCCAGAAGACCGUGUUUUGUUUAUUGGUACAUCUCGAAUGCCUUGGGAAGCUGAACAGAAACUGUUGUUCCAAUGUUAUACAAAAGUAAUUCAAAUACCGAGAGCUGAUUACGGAAGUAUUUCACAGAUGUGGAGAUCAAAGCUACAUAGAGCUGGCGCUUUGUCCCAACGACUUGAUAUUUCUUGCUUAUCGAGGGUUUCGGACUCUUACACAAUAGGUACAUUACUAUCCGCUUUAGAUGAUGUUCUCACGACGAAAAGACGGUUGCAAUUAAGAGUUCGUGCAUUAACAGCACACGAAGUUGCAAUACAGCUGAGUUAUAGAGAGCCAGUUUAUGCUGAACACGACGCGGCAGCUGAAAUAUGGUGGUUUAAAACACCUUUAGAAAGACGACGACAAAAAGUACUUCAAAGGCUCGAGGAGUUGGAACAAGAAAAUGAGGAAAAAUCUGCAGGAAAAUGAA